CAUGCAUGAAGUAUGUGCCCUGUACACUCUUCGACCGAGCCACGAUGCUGCGCAGACAUCUCCUCUCCACGGCAUCGCGCAUCCGGCAUCGGCGAUCCCUCCUAACGCUCUCUGCGGUCGAGGGCCCCCUCGACCCGCCCCUCGUCACCGCGACACUUCCCGCGUACUUCACUUCCGAUAUCCUGCGCAAAUACAGCGACCGGCCGGGAUUGAUAUGCAGAAACGAGGCGCCGCGCGCGCACGGUGGGCCCUCGUCGCACAACAUGGGCAGGGCCGCGCACCUCGCGUGGUCCUUCGACGAGUUCGACCGGCACAUCAACGCACUGGCGCGCGGCCUGCUUCGGAUGGGCGUGAGACGGGGUGACCGGGUCGGCGUGAUCAUGGGCAACACCAGUGCGUAUGCGAUGCUCCAGUGGGCGUGCGCGAGCAUCGGUGCGAUCCUGGCGACGAUCAACCCGGCGUACCGCGCGCAGGAGCUCGGCGAUGUUCUGAACCUCGUGGGAGUGCAGCAUCUGAUCAUCGUCCCGCGGAUCCGGAAAUCAUCCUACGCGCAGAUGCUCGUCGACAAGUUCCCGCAAUUGACAAGCUCGGCGGCGGGGUGCGCGUUGGAGGUGGAAAGCCUCCCUGCGCUGAGGAAUCUGGUUAUUGUCGAUAACUCGGGGCAGUUCAUUGACGAAGCCAAGAAACUAGGGCUGAGGAGUUGGAUCGACUGGCGGGAAGUCUUGGUCUGGGAUCCCGCCUCGCGGGAGGCACGGGCCCAGCGACAGCUGAUCGACUCGCUUGACAAGGACGAUGUCAUCAAUCUGCAGUUCACAAGUGGAACGACUGGCGCUCCUAAAGCCGUGUCGCUGACGCAUUCUAACCUUUUGAACAACGCCAUCUCGAUUGGGAGUUGCAUGCAUCUAACCGAGCAAGAUGUCGCAACGUCCCUCCUCUCUUCCACUGCUUUGAUGAGUGUCAAGUGCAAUCUCGCGGCCUGGACGCACGGCUCAUGCAUCGUCUAUCCUGCGGAGGUCUUCCACGCGCCCUCGAUUGUGGACACCGUGAUCGAAGAACAGUGCACCGCGCUCCACGGUGUGCCGACGCACUUCCUGGGCGUCCUGUCCGAAGUGGAGAGGCGACAGGCGGACGGGGAGGACGUCGAGAUCCCCAGCCUCCGAACCGGGAUCGCCGCGGGCUCGCCCAUUCCGAUCGAGCUCAUGAAGAAGCUCAUCGCGAAGAUGAAUCUCGUGGACCUGACUAACGCGUACGGGAUGACGGAGACGAGCCCGGUCUCGUUCCAAACCACCUCCGGAGACGCGCUCGACAAACGCGUUGAGACCGUCGGGAAGGUGCAGCCUCAUGUGAGAGCGAAGCUCGUUGAUCCGGACGGCCGCGUCGUUCCUGUGGGCGCGCCGGGGGAGCUGUGUGUUGCGGGGUAUCUGCUGCAGAAAGGGUACUGGCGGGACGACGAACGGACGAAGGAGGUCAUGAAGACGGAUGAAGAGGGGACGCUGUGGAUGCAUACAGGGGAUGAGGCGAUUAUGGACGAGGAAGGGUACCUCCGGAUCCAGAUCGAAAACGCAAUCUUAACGAAUCACGGGGUGGAAGAGGCCGCUGUCGUGGCCGUUCCUGACGAGAAGUACGGCGAAGUCGUUGGGGCCUGGAUCGUUCGGGCGCGCGGAACGUCAACUUCCCGCGAGGAAAUCAAGGAGACCGUCGUAAAAUCCAUCAAUCCUCAGAACGCGCCUGCGUGGAUCUUCUUCGUGGGCGAGGACGGUGCUGAGUCGGAGCUUCCUAAAACGGCGAGUGGGAAGGUUCAGAAACAUGUUCUGCGCGAGUGGAGCAAGGAACUGGACAGUCGUGACGCCGCCGCCGGCACUCAGCGCUUUACAGCCGCGGGAGGUGGACGCGACGAGCGUCCCACCGGCAGUAGCCAUCGGGAGGAGAAAGGCGACGCCGUCGGUCGUGAGCGGGCCGGCGAUCCCGAGCAGUAUCGGGACGUACCCGACGAUGUUCCCGCAGCAGGCGCCGUGGACUUUGCCGUAGUCGUAGUUAUGGAACGGCGACCCUGA